AAUGAAGACUUUGUUGCUACGUGCAUAGGGUGAAUGUUUUAACCUGACGCACCUUCCACUUCUGAGGUCUUUUGCGGUGUUGGUAUGUGUUGGCAUGCGAUAGGUGUGCAAAAUUUGAGACUGCAACAGCUACCCAGCUCGAAUGAGGACGACAUUUGCUCAAGGCACUACAGUAGAUAAAAAGAUUGUUCCAGGAAGCAUGGCAUUCUUUGGUUGGGGUUACAGAUGGCUUUGCUAGCUUGACCGACAGAGAAUAUCUAGGGAAAAGUUUUAUUGUGUUGAUUUUCUGAAAGGAAGUACUAGGAGGUUAUAAUUAAUAACUUUGUGAAUCUAUGUCAACAAGUCAGGCCAUAAAAAUGAAUAAAUCUGAAAUUGUUCUGAAAAUUAUAUGGUGCAGGAAUAUGUUGUAUUUAUUAUGCCUCUUAGUUGGUCACUUCACUUUUUUUGGUUUCUUUUUUUUCCCAAGUGGUUUUACCUCCAUUGCAUCACUGCUUAUGCGUCUAUAUACAAUAAUGUAUAAAUAGUGGAAUUACUGGAAGUGCAAGCACCUGUUUAAAAUGACAGAGUGUUUUAAAUUUACUACAAAUGAAAGCAUGUUUUCCAGCCUGCAGAUUUCUUUCAGCAUUGCGACAUUUCAGGCCUUUAUGUGACUCAGUUUUGGACACUUGCUUCCUGAUGAACUGAACUGCCAUGAACAAGGUACAAGAAAGUGAGUGGGACUGUUUGUAGUGCAAGAUGGUCACCCAAAGUACCACUGUCCAAGAGAAAUAUGGCAGCAAAACAUUUCUUACAGAGCAUUUAUACACAGGAAUGUCUGUCUCUGGGUGUGUUGUUAUACUUAACUUAUGUGUUGUUUUCUAGACUAUAAGUCCAUUUAUUUACUGCUGCCACUUUUUUCCUGGUGCAUUCAUACAGUUGCAGUCAGAUGUGUGACAAAUGCCAGGUUUUCCAUUGUACAGGUUCUUAGCAAAGUGUCUUGAAAUUGAGCAGACUACGGCAUACUUUUAUCUGCAAGUUGCCAUUUGCAAAAGCCAUUAAGGAUAAUCUUUCAAAAUAUAGGACCACGUGACACUGCUGCUGGGGCACUGGAUUGGGUUACAGGCAGAGUUUCAAAGCGUCUUCUCUUUGCAGUGUAGUGCAACAGGAGUGCUCCCUAAUUUAUCUUUAAGUUAAAUUAUCCUUGACUUAGAAAAGACAGUGCUUUCCAACAUGUCACUUACAGCCAUGGAGCGAAGAAGUGCCGUGUAUGGGAACUAUAUUUGCCACACAUUUCAGGGAGGCAGCUGGGCAGACAGAUCCCCUCUGCAUGAUGCUGCCUUCCAGGGACGCCUCCUGUCUUUGAAAACCUUGAUUGCACAGGGUUUCAAUGUGAACCUGGUGACAACAGAUCGAGUCUCGGCUCUUCAUGAAGCCUGUCUUGGAGGCCACGUAGCCUGUGCAAAGCUGCUGCUGGAGAAUGGCGCACACGUCAACGCAGUCACCAUUGAUGGGAUCACUCCUCUCUUUAAUGCCUGCUGCAGUGGCUCUGUGGCUUGUGUAAACAUGCUGCUCGAAUUUGGAGCCAAGCCACAGGUCGGGAACCACCUUGCUUCACCCAUUCAUGAGGCAGUCAAGAGAGGACACCGAGAAUGCAUGGAGGUUCUUCUGGCUCAUGGGGUUGACAUUGACCAAGAAGAUCUGCAAUAUGGGACCCUGCUGUAUGUUGCUUGCAUGUACCAGAGGACAGACUGUGUAAAGAAGCUGUUGGAACUUGGAGCCAAUGUUAAUGCUGGGAAGCGACUAGACACUCCACUCCAUGCAGCAGCAAGGAAAUCCAGUGCAGAGAUAGUCAUCUUGUUGGCAGACUAUGGUGCUAACCUGAAAUGCAGAAAUGCUGAAUUCAAAUGUGCCCUGGACCUUGCCAUACCCAACAGCAAAGUGGAGCAAGCACUUCUACUUCGGGAAGGUAAAGGCCCUGCCAGCCUUGCCCAGCUGUGCCGAUUGUGUAUCAGAAAGCGUCUGGGUCGAUCGUGCCUAUAUACGGUCCAUAAGCUGCACCUGCCUGAGCCGCUUGAGAACUUCCUCCUACACCGAUAAGCCCGUGACUAUCUUUACAUGGAAAAGAAAGAGGAACAAAUGGUUGUGUACUCCAAAAUUAUUAUAUCAAAGAAAAAAAAUCAAAGACAUCAUUUACUGUCUACUCUGGGUACCAAACAUUGCUGUUGAUCAUGUACACUGAAGCCAAUGGAAAACACCUUUUCACAGACACUGAAUGGUGUGGAUACAGCUCCCCCAUAGUUUAUUGCCGUAUCUAUUUUUACUAAACUGAGAAGUUGUAAUACAUGAACAACUCAAUCAACAUGUGUUUGUAGAUAGACAUGCAGACAUCCACCCACAGACACACACAUAGGAUUUCCCCCACAUUUAGUGGGUUUUUUUGUCCUUUAAUAUCUGUGCAGCUUCUUCCGCUUACUUCUAAAAAGCUCACUGUCAAAAUAUAGGCUGUUAUUCUUCCACUAGUGUGGAAAUGAAAACCUUCAGUAAUUAACAUUAUACAUAUUUACGUACUGCGCAUCUUUUGUCCUCUUUGACUUUGCUCCCUGACAACUCUUUCUCAUGCUCUAGUAGAGUCAUACUGACUUCAAGCAGGCUCUGGCUGUCCAGAUGUCCCAUCACCUGAGCCCAGCUGCCCUCAACACUAAUCCAUGUUCUCCUCCAAGAUGAGAGUGAUGUUACCAGAUCAGGUCUGGGGGCUUGGAGUAAGCCAACAAAAUUAUUUGUAAGUCUUAAAAAAAACCCUUUUCUCUUCUAAAAAAAAUUUAUAUAUAUAUAUUAUAUAUAUAUAUAUAUAUACACACACAUAUAUCUAUAUAUAUAAAUCUAUCUUAAUCUGUCUUACUUGAGAUCUGGCUCUGUUUGCUACAUGAGCAAUUUUUGUUAGCUUAAUUUGAGGAGAGAACAGCAAAUAUUUUCAUAGGUAGAUAGUAGGCCAGCUUUCAGUGUCUGUCUUUUGCAAAGCUUAAUGACAACCAGAGGAAUGAGUUGCUUCUCCUUAUUGUCUUUGAACACUUUGAUGUUUCUCAAGAUGAGUGUUUGGACUGUAGAGAAAGAGAGGUUCAGGGUCCCUAAGGAUGGCUGUGCAUCACCCAAAUCUUCUUCUUUGCUAUUACCCAGUAGGAGAAUAAGUUGGCAGGGCACCUGCUUCCUCAUCACCUACUAUAGAGUCUUUUAUCACCUCCCUGGGAGAAGGGAAUUUUAAAGGAGAUUCUGGCUGCUGUGAUAGUAGUUUAAAUCCUGUCAGGUUUUGUAGCUUGGGCACAGCAGAGUUAAAGCUGUAGACCUCUCUGAGCUGAGAAACUUGGUAUCCAGUGACUGGUGCCUGCAUGCCUAUGCAAAUAUAUAUUUAUUUUUCCUACAGAUGCUGUUCUGAGGGGAGAAAGGUUUCUGCAGAUCUCAAAGUUGAUAAACUUCAACCACAAAACGGGCAAUGGUGUAUCACUAGUACAGUAAGACAUAGAGGUUAAAGGAUGGUCUGCCUACACAUAUCCCAGCUUUGCAGGCCCAAGAGGCUGGUUCAUUUUCCAGCUAAGAGUUGUAGUGAUUUUUUUAUGAGCUAUGCAUACUGGUACCCGUUUUCACUGCCCCUACGUUCAAAGUCAGGGGAAAUGAGCCUUUCAAGGUAUAGUGCAUUGAACACUUCUUCAGCAGCCACUAAGCUGCUGUCAUCACUCCAGCAGAAUCAGCCUCUGGUCCAGUGCUGACCCCUUAAUUUCACCAUGUUCGUUUCCUUCUCUGAGACAGAGGACUCACCUUUCCUGUAUCUUCCUAUGAAUCAUUCAGUGCAAGUAAGAUAAACUGUGCAUCCCAGCAGUUUGUGAGACUAGGCCUGCAGCGUUACAGCCAAAAACAAAUGUCGUUUUCAGCCUGUGAAGUACCCUGUGUCUGCACAUAUUGAAUGCCCUCUGACGGUGAGAACUAUUGCCUAUAAAGUUUUCUGUGACAUGAAUGCCCUUGUAUAGUACAGUAUAUCAUGGAUCUCAGAGAUUUGAACACAAAAUUCACAAGAGCUUCUGAAAAUCAGAUACUGUGAAGAAAGAAAUGUCUAUAUUAAUCUGAUGUCAAUAGAUCUCUCUCAGACUUAUCCUUACUUCCAGCUCACCUACUCUGUUUAUAAGCUGAUCGUCAGAAUACCAUCUGCUGUCCAAAUAGAGAGACAGAGCCUCAGCUGUGUGGGUUGUCAGGCUUUUAUUGCAAUCAAGGAGUGGAGACAAUUUAUGGGAUCUAUUUCAGAACAUGUAAUACUGAAUUGAUUUCCUUCUGCAAUCAUCAGUAAAAGCAGUAUUUCACUUGCAUAGGAUUUUAAAUUGAAAAAAUGUAUCUUCAUUAAGGAGAUGCAAAGCCUACUCAGCCUCUCAGGAAGGUUUAUGUUAUGAAGCAGCAGAGGCUGCCCUAUUUUAUUGCUGAUAUUAGCUUCCCAUCAAAAAAUCACCUCACCUUUGCAUUGUCCCAGAGACAUCAUUCUUCUUGAAAUUCCAUAUAUCAGAGAUUCAACUGGAACAGCGCUUUAAUAAAUCAAGAGAGAAGUUCAGAAGUCCUCAUGUUAAGCAGUCUCGUUAAAAACUUUACCUAGACUUUUCUGCUCUUAUCACAAGCACGGUUAAGACUAAAAAUUAUCCAUUUAAUUUUCAUUGACGGUGCUUUGUGUUACAACAAAGCAUGGAAAUAUUACCAAGGAAGAAGCUGGAAGCUGUAUUUGAUUUUUGUUUUGUAAAUAUGCCAUCUCGUGAAGAUAGGGAAACACUAGUUAUUGUGCUAGGAGUUUCCUAAAUCUUAUUGGUGAUUUUUCCAAAUAAGUUUGAAAAAUAUUUGUCAGAUGUUGACAGAGCUUCUUUUCCUUCAGCAGGAGACAGCUGACUAAUCAUACAAAGACUCUUUUCUUCAAAAUGGCUGGCAUCUUCCAUGGCAUUCUAUGAUUAUGUACAGAAACCCGUUAGUGGGUGAAAUACAACUUUCCUGAGAAUGUAGAAGUUUUUCUGUGUUGCAAUGUCAACUACUAUACCACAGUUGUAAGACUUUACCCCCAAAAAACUUCCAGUACUGUCUGCUUCAGAGAAAAGUGAAGCAGAUCUCAAUAGGAAUAAUUUCACGGUAUCCUGGUUAGUGGAAAAGUGUUGGUAUUUUUCUUUUUUUCAAGCCACAAACAGCCAUUCUAAGUACAGACUUUCAGCUUUAAAGCAGGAUCUUCAGCUAUGGAUGCUCACUAACCAUAAACCUUUGUCUCAAUUGUGUUUUGCAGAAAUGUCUUGAAAAAGUUACUGAUGAGCAGCGUAAACCCAAAAGAUUUCCUUUGAUUGUUCCCAGUCUGUUGGCCCACAUUUCAGUUUUAUUAUCUGUGCUUAUGAAAGCCAGAAACGUGGACUCAGAAAUGUUGGUAAAACGGACCUCACAGAAUCAUGGAAUACCCUGAGAUGGAAAGGACUCAUAAGGAUCACUGAGUCCAACAGACAUCAAACUAAUUAGAAGUUGACUUCAAGCUAUCAUUCAUUACUUAGUAUUCUUGCUAUUGUGAUCCAAACCAAAACAAAGUUAAAACAGUUUUGCAUUAGCCCUAUCUUUAUUUGUACUCUGAAAUAAGCAGUAUUGGUAUCUAUGUUCUGUCUAGUAAAGGGUGCAUUUCCAUGACUCCAAGCAUUUUUACAGUCCUUUCUGUCUUUACCAUAUCUUUUCUCACACUACUAAGCUCUUGUUCAUAAGCAUAUCUUUCCUCAUCAACUUUAUUCUGAAUUCAUACAUUUGUUUUCUGGCUCUAAGAAUAUGACUUUUAGUUUCCUCCUUGAGCAGUAUACCUCUUCAACAGCAGCCAUGUUAGUGAGCCUGUCUCCUUGUUGGAUGUCUUUUCUUUAACUCACCAGGCUGCUGUGUUUGGGUCCCCCACUCCACAUCUGCACACUUCAGUGGUCUCUUGCUCUGGCAGAUGGCACUGGUAUUUGUAGAGACAUCACCCCUCAGCACCUGCACCCUGCAGGGAGGCUUGCAGGCUCCUCAGCUGCUGUGUCCUUGCAAGAACAUGCCUGCACUGACUAUCCUAUUCAAGCACAGAAAGUAUUUUGCCAUGCUAGAUGUUCUCCAGGCAUUUUUACUUGGGCCCUAAAAGGUCCACAUUUUGGCCUCCUGUCCAACCUGCAGGGUUCAAGUAGCUUCCAAGAAAGCCUCACUAGGUCUUAGAUUUCCACAUCAUUUGUUCCCAUCCCUGAGUUUCUUCUGUCCAACCAAAUCUCCCACUCUUAAAGUGAAAUUAAAUAGGAAGGAAAAUGCUAAGCUGCUCCAACAGUGGUCAUAUUGUAGGAGCUGAGCCUCCCCAAAUCAGCCUUGAAGUGUGGACAUCCUUCUUACCUGAACAGAUGCAGGCUUAGAGGUUGGCUGUUCAUCCCUGUUCUUGUAAUGGGACAUGCCUGUGCUUCUUUGGAUGGUGAUACUGGGGAUCAUCUCUUCCCAACUCCAUCUUUCACCAGGGAACUACAGCCUGGUCAACAUCCAUCUCAGAGCAUUCUGCUUUUGGGCUUCUGCACACCACUGAUAUUAGAAAUUAAUAUUGUUCUGACCAUGUGCAAAUUCUUGAGCAAAAGAGCAAGCCAUUAGGGCAAGAGUGGCUAUUUGAACCGAUACUAAUGAAAUGAAACAUAUUCAUGGACUUUACAGAAAAAUCAGGCUGACCUGUAUGCUGGGCUGACAGUUUAUGAUGUCGUUGUAUUUUUUCUUUCCUAAGAAAUUAUUAAUUUGUACAAGCCAAUUGCUCCUCUUUCUUGUUGUUUUGCUUUUUCUUUUUUAAAUUUUCUUCAAGAGGUGUAUACUUUGUUACUGUCAAAUACAGAUUAUUCCACAAAGGA